GUAAAAAAAAAAAAGGUGGCGUACUAAAUAGCGUGCGACGAAACGGUGCGCGAUUUCUCGCGCGGGUGAUGCGUUGAAUCGGUCGUAUCCCAAGUAGGGGCAGAGAGUUGUUGACCCAACUUUUACAAUAAUCCAGAUAAGAGAGAAACGUAGCCUGGGAAAAAUGUCGCGCUGCCCACGAUCGUCUCGUAUCUCUUUCUCUCUCUCUCUUUCUCCCCCGAACUUUUCAUCGUUCACUGGCCGCUGCAUCACUCCUCCUUCUACUUAGUAACGAGUACAAACUUCUGCCCGUCUCUGUAUGACUAAGCACCGACGAAACUUUCGAGUGUCUGAAGCUUCGCGAGCUAGUGGAAUAUAGGACAAAGGAGAGCGCCUCGACGGCGUAAAGUCGAGCGGUUUCGACGGUUUUCACGUCGGAGGGGAAUCAUUUUUCUACUUUAACGACCGGCCUCUCUUCUCAUCGCGGGUCUCCAGUGCAUUAGACGAAUUUCUACGUAGCGGCAUCAUGGGGUCCAGGAUGGGGUCCAGAAUCCUCCGGGGCGACGAGGAGGAAAGCAUGAAGCUCUUUUGCUCGCAGGACGACUCGUCGUCGGCGCCGAAGACCAAGGAUGGAUCCAGAGGGGAGAAGAGUGGUUCAGACAGGAAGCAGGAUGUGGAUAGUUUCGGAUACUAUCAAAUGAUUAUGUUCGCGAUAAUAAGCCUGCCUCUGUUCUUGUCAGCAGGAUUCACGCUUGCCUACGUGUUCACAGCCGGAGAAGUUAAAUACAGGUGCGUGGUGCCAGAAUGCGAGGAUCCAUCAAACACUGUGUUCAAUACAUCCUGGCUGCCUGACUCCGUUCCCGACGCGUCAGAGAUGUCCAAGUGCACCCGUUACGUGGUUCGAAAUCACACAGGUGUAUGCACCAACCAGACAUUCUUUAACGCGACUCGAAAAUGCGACUCGUGGAUCUACGAUCCAUCGGAAAAUACGAUCCUCAGCGAGUGGGACCUCACCUGCGACACCAAUCGAUGGAAACUCGCGCUGGUGGGCACGAUAAAUAACGUCGGCCAAUUCGUUGGCCUGAUCUUUGCUGGAUACGUGUCGGACAGAUACGGAAGACGCACGAUUCUGACGCUUACCACGUUCCUGAGUGGAAUCAGCGGCCUGAUACAUUCCUUUUCUGUGAAUUAUUGGAUGUUUCUCGCGUUCGAAUUUAUCGACGCGACUGUCGCGGCCGGUAUCUACAGCGCCGGAUUUAUUUUAGGUAUGGAAAUGGCAGGCGUCCGAGGCAGAGUCCUAGCCAGCACCAUCAUCUGCUGUAUGUUCGCCGUAGGAGAGAUGCUGUUGGGCUUGAUCUCGAUGUGGCUAAGAUCUUGGCGGUUGAUCCUUCGCAUGGUGUACGGUCCUGCGUUGCUCGCCAUCUUGUUGCCCGUGUUGAUCCCGGAAUCAGUCAGGUGGCUAUUGGCGAAUGGGAAACACGAGAAGGUGGAGAGUAUAUAUCGGAAAAUGGCGAGGAUUAACGGGCUCCAAGUCUCGGAUGAGGCGAUCGGCGCGUUUAAAGAAUUGAACAUGGUGAAGACUGAGAAGACAGAGCAAUUGGUAGUGUCGGAAAAGAAAUCGCCGGUGAUGCAAAUUUUGAACAGUUCCACGAUGCUCACACGAUUGUUAGCAUGUUCGUUUUGCUGGUUGACGAACACUUUUGUUUACUAUGGACUAUCUUUGAAUUCAGUGGCCUUCGCUGGCGAUAAAUACACUAAUUUUAUACUAGUCGCCAUUGUCGAGAUACCUGCUUAUUUUCUUACCUGGUUCCUGACCGAUUAUAUCGGUCGUAAAGCUACUUUGUCCUCGUCCUUCUUACUGAGCGGAGCUUUUUGCCUGGCGAUACAGUUCCUGCCUACAGGAAGUUGGACUUUCCUGCCACUGGUCCUCUACAUGGGCGGCAAGUGGUGCAUUACGAUGUCCUUUUCCACGAUUUACAUUUACACGGCGGAACUGUUCCCCACGAACCUGAGACACUCCCUCCUUGGAAUUUGCAGCAUGACCGGCCGCAUGGGGUCAAUAUUGUCACCGCAAACUCCACUUUUGGCACAAAUCAUGCCGGCACUGCCGUUGAUUCUCUUCGGGUGCAUGGCUCUGUCCGCGGGGCUGCUGUCUCUCUUCUUCCCGGAAACGCUGGGAACGAAACUUCCGGACACGGUGUGGGAGGCGGAGAAUAUCGGUAAAGUGCAGGAGAAGCAGGAGCUGCAGGAUUCGCCGUCUUAAGGACAGGCGACGGGGGCACUUUGACGCGUGAUAAAUCCGAGAGAGAAAGAGGGAGAGAGGAAGAAACCGGAGAGAAGCAAAAGAAGAGACCGAGGCAGACUAAAAAGGAGGAACGAAGAAACGAACGAGAAAGAAACCGAAUUGAAAGAAAAGUGGAGAAUCG